GUACAAUAUUAUCUUUCUACUAAUUUUACAAGUUGGACACGACAACACCAGUCGCCAAAAGUUAUUCGAAAAGUCUUAGAGAAUAGUUUGGUUCAAAAUCAUCCCGAAAAAGUGUUCAUCUUUAUAGAGUACCUGACAAAAUUUAGACUACAAUGUUUACUUGUAAAGAUCGACAAAUACAGCUAUACAUAUAUGCAUACGAUCAGGCAAGAGAACUCUAAGGCUUGUCUCUCCAAAUAUAGAGAGGAAAUCAGGACUCCAGGUGAUCCCUGUACAACUCUCUUAACCGCGUCACUGCUGCUAUCUCAUGUCUUAAGUAGAGAAUGUGGCAAUUUCCAGAAUUCGAAUAUAUACAUAAUAUAAAAGGUCGUGGGACUACUGCUCAUCUUAAAUAGUUUAGGAUUACUAUUUACAAUACUAAGUGAACCAUAGCUAAUUUACUAAAUGUUGUAUGAAUACAAGCAAUCUAUUUUCAACAUAAAUCAAUUGUAUCGCAGCUAAAUUUAUGCUAUACAACCCGAUAUGUCCUAAACCAGGCCGUGGAAAGCGAGGGAAAUAGACCGAAUGGAAGAACAAUAAAUAUGAAAUAAGCGAAUAGAGAAGGUUGUUUAUAGCGUGAAAAGAUGACAUGUGGAUGGAAGUGCCUUCUAGAUCCAUAACUCAUCGACAGUCCAUUAGGGGAGCUGCCACUACUACGACAUUGUUGGAGGCCGUGGAUUUCCUGUCCACUGCCCCUUCCGCUCCACAGCUUCAUCUAACCUUUCCCUCAGCCUUUAUGGGCCACAGAAUUAUUAACACCACUUUUAUCUUCCUUGGACCGCUCAGUUUUAACGCAAUAGGCAGUUUAUUUGGAUGA